AUGGAACGCUCCUGCGACGCUCGGGGCGGCGGCGCCCUUCCCCCCUCGAAGCCGAGCCCUCUGCCGUCGCCCCUCUGCUCCCGGCCGUCUCCGGUUGGGGGUGGGUUGGGCGGCCGGUUUUGGGCGCUCACGCCGGCGGAGGACGACGCGGAAGCGGUGAGCGAGGCCAGCGACGAUCUCCCCUCCUCUCCAAGUACGGUCACAGGUAAACCUUCCCCCUCCCCUUCCUUUGGUCUCUUUCUUCGGGCGGCGGAGGCGCUUGGGGGCUCCCUCCGGUCGGCCCGGCGGUCGGCGUUCGCGCCCGGCGGCCGUCCCUCUAGGUUCCCCUCCGGUGGUGGAGGAGGGGCUGGCUCCGUCCCUGGAUGGAGCGGCUCUACCCGCGGCUUCGCGCGCGCGGAGGCUCGCCGGCGGAGGAGAUUCCCGGCGACGGACUGGGUGUCCGUUCGGAGCUCGUCGCCGGAGCCGGGUCGCCGGUGGCGGCCGUCCCUGAGGCUGGCGAGGCGGACGCGCCGGUGGCGCCGCCGGCGGCGGGGCGGGGCUCCGCUCGGGAGGUUGGGGACGAGCCGUUCCCCCGGCUGCGGUGCUGGGCUGGGCCUGGAUGUUGGGCCGGCCUGCUCCUUGUCCCUCUCUUCCGAGGCCCAGGAGAGCCAAUUGGCUUUGGAGCUGUGGGCUGAGAAAGUUGUGGCAGCCCAGGCCCACAGGCGGAGUGUGCAAGGCCCGGUGGGGGCUGAGUCACUUAUCCGGCUCCGGAUUCGGCGUGGCUGCUCGAAUUUGGAGUUAGGGUUCCCCGCUACGCACAAGACGUGCGCCGCCACCACCGCGCCGCGCGCAAGAGGGCGUCGGGCAGCGGUCCGGGUGCGGGAGGAGGCGCGGGGGCCGGCGGCCAGCGGGGCCGAGCCGGUUCGAAGCGGCGUUCGGACGACCGCUCGCGAGCGGCGGCGGCGAGGCGGCAGCGAGGGGCGGUCGGGCGCGGGCCGCGCGCAGCAGCCGCAGCAGCCGCUGCGGUCCGAGGCGGCUCUCCGGGACCGUGCCCUGGUGGAGCAAGGGCGGCGUCGGCAGGGGCAGGGGGGCUCCCGUGCCGGCGCAGGUGCCAACAAGGACCCACCCGCCUGGUGGGUGGCGCGAGAAAAGAAGAGGGAGGCCCGGAGGGCUCUCGAGGCGGCACCGCCGCUGGUUCCCCCUUCUAUCCCGGAGCUCGGCAGGGGCCGGGCUUCGGAGACCGCGGCGGGCAAGCAGCCUGUGGUGCAGGACCGCCCUGCGACGGGCUCGGGUCCGAGCCGUGCCGCUGCUGUGGAGGAGGUGCCAACCCCGGCCUCCAACAUGGAGUGCUUCAAGUGCGGGAGGAUGGGGCACUUCCAAGCGAGCUGCACCUUCCCGCCGGUGUGCCUCCUCUGUGGGGUGGAGGGGCACAAGUCGAACGCCUGUCUGUCCAAGGGCAAGCAGCCGGAGCUGCGCAUCCUCGGUCAGGCGGUGCCCGGGGAGAGCUUCUUCUACCUGGACUUCGACGAAGAUGAGGAUGAAGAGGAGGAGGUGACCAAUGGGGCGGUCAUCUCCUUUCGCCAGGUUGUGUUCUCGGCGGCCGACCUCAGCCGGGAACUUCAGCACCUGGUGGAGGCUGACUGGGACUGGCAGGUCCAGGAGGUGGGCCGCAACGAGUUUGCGGUGCUGUUCCCUUCACGCGAGUCGCUGCAGUUCAGCACCCGCAGUGGACGCCUCUUCCUACCUCUCAGUGGGACGGUGGCGGACAUCAGGCUCGCGGACGCGGACCCGGCCCCGGUCGAGCUCCUUCAGGAGGUUUGGGUCAAGCUCACCGGUGUCCCCAAGCGGAUGCGUUGGGCCAGCCGCCUGUUGGCCGGGAUGAGGAUGUUGGGCUGGCCGAUGGAGGUGGACGAGGUCUCGCUUCGAUGCCGCCAGCCCGUUCGGAUGCGCAUUGCUUGUCGCAACCCGGACAAACUCCAGGGUGUGGUGCAGGUUUUCCACAAGAAGCAGGGUUUCAGCAUCGGCGUCCAUGUUGAGCCCUUGGCCGGCCAGUCCGGGUCGGCUCCACCACGCUCUCCACCGCGGCCUCCUCACCCUCGGGAUGAGGAAGAGGAGGACGACGACGACGUGGACGAUCUCUCCCCCUCGCGAAAGGGUUCAGACGAGCGGGAUGACCGUGCUGUUGAGCACGAGGGUGGCAGCCCCACCGGCAGGGGGGUCCCGAGCGGCUCCCAUGGCCAGGCCACCUCUCCGGGCGCCCGCGCCCUGCAGGGCUCGCCCGAGGCCGUCGUGGCUCCUGUGCCGCCUGCCGUGGCGGCGCUGCUGGGGGUGGGUUUAGACCAGUACGGCAGCAACCUGCGUGCCCCCUGGCCGGCCCCCCUAGCGGCUCUUGAGCGAGCGCGCGCCCGGCGGUUGGUGCCGGAGGAGCCGGUCGGGUCGGGCACCAUGGUGGCCCGGCCUGCCUCCCCACCGUUCGACUCCUCCACCCUCAUCUCCGCGGACUCGGUGGAUGCCACUCCAUCGGGCUCGCCGUCCAAGGACCUGGGUGGGGCGGAGUCGCUCGUGUCGAUUGGGGUCCUCGACAGCGACGAGAUGAUGCGGGAGGCGUCGGAGCUGGAUGAGGCGACGGUGGCCCGGUCCGACGGCCCUGGGGCUGGCGUUCCGAGGCGGAGGCGCACGAGCACGGUCCCGGCGGAGCCGGCGCGCAAGAGCGCGCGCCUCACUGGGCCGGGUGCGGCGACCCCGGUCUUGCAGAGGGCGCAGGAGAGGACGGCUUCCAGGAACCUCGACCCGGCAGGCGUGGAAGCUUCUGGCUAGGAGAGGAGACCGGCAUGCGGUGGAGCUGGUGAUUGGCAGGAUCCGAGCUCUUCAUGCUUCUAUCAGAGAUAGUGUUUAGUUCCUUGUGCUCCCCUCUGGGGCCAAGUGGUGUCUGGUGGCGUCUGGUGUUUCUAGGUGGCAGGCUUUGGCGUUGGGGCGUCGCCUAUCCAUCUGGUGAUCUUGGUCGCUUACCUUGUAUCUUGUGCGGUCCAGGUCCUGUAACCUGUGUUGGUGGUUGUGUGGAGCAUCCCUCCAUCUUGUCGUGUUGUGUCUGGUUCGUGUAUGGAUGAUGUAUGAAUGCUGCCGUUGGGGCUUUAUUAAUUUAAAGCCGGGCUCUGCUCGAGCCUUAUGUUUAAAAAAC